UACUCAUUUUCAGAUCAACCUAGUAUAAAAAACGUGUUACAUGAAGUAACGCGUAACUUUUUUUAGGCUGGGUUGCACGGCAGGUACAAAAAGCAGGUCACAGGUCACAAUUAACAGGUCACAAUUUAAGAGUUAUACACCGGAUAAAGUAAAGGCGCUGCAUUAUAGUGUUCCAUUUCCGGUCGUCAGAAAUGAACAUAUAAUAUACGUGCGUUCCGGUUUUCGUGUAAGAAUAGAACAAUAAAAUGUCACUAGUUCAACAUUCUGUGACGUGUGACAUGUGACCUGCUUUUUGUACCUGCCCAGUUGCACGAAAAAUAUAUCUGGUAUGGUAUACUUUUUUAUGAGGGAAUUCGGAAAAUUUCCUUAAAUAUUUUAUUGGGUAACACUCCCGUUCCCCCCUAAACAUCAAACCAUAGUUAGUAGAGGAAAUGUGAACCUCACUCUCAGGUACUCUGUCUAGAUCUCCCAGCUCUAAAAAUUAAUCACUAACGAGAGAGGACCCUACGGAAAGAGCGAAUCCUAAUGAGUCAGCGGUAUUUUGCUUAGUGGACUUCAUACUUCAUACAUUAUUGUCUUGACAAAAUGGCGGUGGAACAUAUGGCGGGAGGAGAUAAGUUGGAUGUUCUGGAUGUGUGUCCUCUUCUUAUACUUCAAGACAAGAGCAAGAGGUUUUACGACGGCUAUAUUACUGUUUGCAAGAAGAGUUUCCGAAUGUCUGUCGAAAUUCCGGAGAACAGAUCUUUAAAAGACGCCAGGAUAGAGUGUGAAUGGAAACUAAGGCAUUUACUGAGAGGCUAUGAAGGUGUCUUAAAACAGGUUUUGUAUGUUUAUAAAUUUCCUCCUAAGGUCAUUAGUAGGAAUUAUCUCCUUACUGAUCCUAGCAGCAUGCAGGACACUUGCAAUUCCUGAAACAACAGUUUGCCUCACUCACUAGGUCAGCAGUGCUCUUGGUUAAUUCAAGCUAGCAUGACAGAUAAAAGGACACACGUUUGAGUUUUGGAGGAUAAAAAAUUUCCAGACUGGCUUUAGGAUUUUCAGUCCACUUAAGCCCUUUGAAAAAAAAAAGACUCGUUCAAAUUUGAUAAAAUUCAAUAUAAAUGAUCUUACUUACUAUCCAA